AUGCCUCGAAGAAAAGUAGAUCCUGGUUUCAGUGAAGCUCGAUCAGAUAAUUUACCACGAGUUGAUGCUUUUAUGGUCACAUCCUACUUAGCUACAAACUCUGCUUUUGUAUCAGCAGAAAUGCAAGGAGCAAAAGCUAACCUAUCUGGGAGAAAAUCAUAUGGAGAUGCUGCUAUUGAAUUCGUACAACUAAAACUUCAUGGAUCAGAAUGUACUCUUAAAUGUCUUAUUUGUCCUGAGCACAGAGUACACAAUAAAUCAUAUCGAGUGACUCUCGUUUUAGACAUUGUUGAGGAAGAGAUUUUGUCUAUCCAAUGUCAUGAUUGUGCCGCAUCGUCAGGUGGAUGCAAGCACUCGAUCGCUUUCAUAAUGUGGUUACACAGGAGAUCGGAAGAACCUUCACCGACAGAUAUUGAAUGUUAUUGGCGAAAAUCAGUUCUAUCUCAAGUUGGAUCAUCAAUAAAAUUUAUUAUGGAGGAACAUCUUAUGAGGAAUUUGUAACAUUCAGUAAAAGUCGAAUGUCGAAAGAUUUGUGUGAACGUAUUGAAAAAAUCACUCAGGAUCAAGCAAACUGUGAGCUCUGGUUUACAUUGCGAUACGGGCGAAUUACUGCAUCAAAAGCAUAUGAAGCAUCACGUUGUAAUACACCGGAUGGAGUUCUAGUGGAGUUGCUAGUUGGUGGUAAAAAAUUGCGGA